GGCACCUGAGCUGUUCCCUGGUUCUCUCAUUCUGUUCGUCAGAUCGCUGGCCGUCUUUCGUUAUUUUUUCCCACCCUACCAGCUCCAGUUUUCGCCUCUCUCGUUCGUGUGUUCCCCCUAGCUUGCAGAACAAAGCUGGCAGAACAAAGCUUGCAGAACAAAGAGCCAGGCAUGUGGAUGCCGACACCUUGCCAGCAGUUAUGAAGGGCUUGAGUGGCAUGCUGGAGGGAGCCUACGCAACAUGGCGCUCUUCUGUCUCCCAAUUCUGCGCACCUCUUUCUGGCUGUCUGGAUAAUAAGCCUGAUCAAAGUGAGUCCCAGAACACGGAUCCGAUGACGCAUUUCCUAUCGUGUCGCCCGAGAGCCAUGCCGACGGAAAGUGAACGCAUAUUGACCCACGAAGAAGUAAUGGCAGAGAAGAGAUCGAUGAGGGUGCUACGCGACCAGCCUUUGCCCGUGCCGAGGCCGUACGCAGGUCGAGGACAGGAGCCUCACCGGUCAGGUAGCGCUUCAUCAUCAGAAAAGGGACAUGCCUCGAAAAAGAGCUUCGCAUCAUCCGUCCGCGCCAGUCUCUCUGUGAGAAGACGGCUGCGAUCCUCCUCCAACACAGCACCGCGCCGGCCGCAAAUCUCCGCCCCGUCCGACUUUCGCCACCUCCAUUCAGAAUCUUUUCAGUUUCCCCAGUACAGCCGCAUGCAGAGCGUAUCUAGACGGCCGCCUUUGCCGCCAUCUUUUCGCCCGAUCGAGCUGAGCAUUUACAUGCCGAACAAUGAGCUCUCGCCCAUCCUGCCGCACUUUGAGUAUCCCAGCAUCAUCACCGCGCCGUCGGCGGCCCGGCUUCCGGAAAGCCGCGUCGACGACUUCACUCUGAACCGUCAACUGAGUUACACCUCCAUGUCGUUUCACAUCCCCCGCAAACCAAAGGCGUCACCGCAAACCUCUUAUGAAGAGUCGCCGCCGAGGGUGCCACCAAAGUCGAGAGCCCGGGCCUACACAGCACCCAAUGUUGCCGAGAUGAAGGUGCGCAUUGCCAGUGCCAUGAACGAGGUCGAAAAACUUCAGAGGGAGAUCGACAGUGCCAUUGAGCGUCAGAGUCUUUACGCCGCUAGCAGUCGGCCCUCGACUGCGCAUUCCAUGGCGCCCACUGGUAAGCUUUAUUUGCAUGAGAAUCAUCUCACUCGCACGUGUACGACUGCUGACGGCCCCGCCCCAUUAGAGAUGGAGCCGAUGCCCUCCAUUCCAGCCCUGCCACCGGCCGCGCCCUCGUUCUCCGAGCGGCUGAGCCAGGAGCGCCCUCGUACUGCGCCUUCGCAGUUGCCUGUGCGCAUCCCCCGUCGUGCCAAGACGUUCGCCGAAGCCUCUGCGGCCUUCAUCACCCCGCCCCCGAGCCGCGAGGGUCCCGAACACCAGCCACCGCCGCCCCUGCCCCUGGUGCUACGCCCCCCUCUGCGCAAGAAGAAGUCCUUCUCUCGCGUAUCCAGCUGGCUCUUCCCUGGCGGGGCCGCUGCCGCUGAGCACUCGCGCGACAUGAGCUUCGACUCUGUUACGAACCUGCCACGGCCCGUGAAGGGCCGCGAAGGGUUCUACCAGUGCGUGUCGCCCCCAGAAGGUGCCGGAGGCAGGCGAAGCUGUGACAGCACCGCGACGGUCUCGACGUGGACGUCCGAAGAUGAGGACCAGACGGCGCCCACGACGACUUGGUCGCCUGGCAGCACGCCGUUGACGAAACAGCACGAGGAGGUGCCGCUCGAGCGCGUCAGCACCUUUGGCAAGGAGCGAGGCGCCAAGACGUUUCGGCGUCCCAGUGUUGGGAUGGCCUUUUAG